AUGGGGCGAAUGGAUAAAGAUUGUGUUCUGGAGCAUAUGGAUUUAGUCACUAUAAAGGAACAUUUGGCAUAUUGUCAUCCACUCGUUAAAGCAAAGGGGUUCAGCUAUCUCGCCGACAAAAUUCUCAGAAACAAUUUUUACUCCGAUGAUAAAAAAGCUGCUGAUCACCGAGUAGUGCUCUUCGACUGCUUCUGCGAUUAUGGAGAUGUUGCUCUUGAAUUGCUUCUCGAAUUGCUGCCUACCUUGAAGGAAAGAGUUAUGCCAAGAGAGGAAAUUAUGGAAGAAUUCUCACUCAGAUUAUCGAGAAUGGGCGAUAAACUUCAACGUGCUUAUCCAAUUGUGCUAGAUACGUGCCUUCCACCGUUUUCGAAGUUCCUCGAAUUGGCGUCUAGAAUCGAUUCUGAUAUUAUGACAAAUAUGUUUAUCGGAGAUGGACUUCAACGAGAGCAUUAUCGGUAUAUCACAAUUCUUCUUUUCUCGGGAUUAUUGAACGAGAAUCAGAAAAGACUUCUUGGAAACAUGGGGUUGGUGCAAGAUUUGUUCUUGAAUCAUUUUCCUCAUUUGUAUCCAAUUGAUAAAAAAUCGGUAUACGAUCCGGAAACGUUCUUAAGAGAAUGCCCGACAGAAGAAUUGGAACAAAGUCUUCUUCAAAACCUCGAUAACUUCCAGAAGCUGCAUCUUAUGAACGAAAGACCAUUAGCUCUCCGGAACCCAAACCUUGGAAGACACGUCAUCUUCAUGCCCUUUAUGUUUUUGAUGCUGCAGUAUGUUCCAGCAGUUUCAAAAGUACUUGCUAAGAAAUAUGAAGUACAGUUAAAGAACCUACGUGAACAAUUUCAAGAGUGUCGAGAUCAAAUCCAAUUCGUGGAGCCUCAUUUUUAUAAAGAUGUGUUGACAUUCGAACUAUUUCUGAGCCAUGUUGUUACGAAAAAAAACAUUGGAGCAUUCGCUACAUUUCUGGAGUAUUGCUUUGAUGAGAUGACAAUGUUCUUGAAAGCUCACUUUGUCCCCGGUCUGACUGCACUUCUUCCUCACAUAUCAGAUGAUCCUAUUCUUCAAAAAAGAGUUGUCCGUUUGAUCGUCCGAUUCCUGAAAAAAGCCCCAGAACAUGCAGAUUCGUUUGUUCUUUAUUUCGCUGGAAGCAUUGGAAAAGACGGGCAUUCAGUCAGCAAGGAUCUUGUUAUGGACACUCUUAUGAGUCUUAUCCUGAAUACGUUCACAUUGUCACCGAUUACAUCGUUCAUGGGAAUGCUCACUGAUUCUAAAGGCGACCAUCGUGUUAAAGCAUAUGAUUGUAUUACCAAAAUAGUCACAAUGCAUCGAUCUGCGGUUAGGGUUGCAUUCAAACAUUUGAGAUUGGACAACAAAGAUCCAGAAGAGAUAUUUUAUGCUAACAUGAUGAUGGCUAAAGAAUGCUGCAUUGCCAUAGAAGAGAAUGAUGACCUUCUGAAAGAGAUUUCUGAGUUUCUGAAGGAUAACGGCUACCGUCUCGCAGCUGCUAUCGAUGCCGCUAUCGAUCUUUAUAAACAUGAUGUUGUGGAAAUGAAGAGUGUCAGAUUGAUGGUCGGUGAAAGAGUGAAGUACGUUGGAAACCAAGCAGCAUGUGCAUCUUACUGCCGCCUUCUCGGACUCGGUGCUACUCAACACGAAGAUGAUGAUGAUGUGACAUUCGAAGGCUUGAAAGAAAUUUUCAUCGAAGAACUGUAUGGUUUUACGAAACACAGUAAUAAUGAUAUCGCCUCCGCAGCAUGGACAUCUCUCGGCAAUUAUACAAUGGAUGAUAUUGCAAGAGUUACGGAACUAACGUCGGCUCAAUAUGGAGAAGAGUUCGUGAAAGGUGGCGGUGAUCAUCAACUCGGGUUCAUCGAAUUCUUGCGAAAACAUCUGUCAGUUGAAAAAGAAUCUUACCAAAGACCGUUGUAUAAUACCACAGUUCAAACCGAUCUUCCUCCAUUGCUAUCGAAGAUCGACGCAUACAAAGAUCAUCUGGCUGUCAAAAAUAAGGACAAGGCCUGGUUCUGGCCAGCAACACUCCCAUUGUCUGCAUCCAUUUUUCAACUUGUCGCUCCAAGCAACAAAGCACAAACAGUGGUGCGUUUUCUGAAGUCUUGUCUUAUGAACGUGCCACCGGCAGAAGAUCAUCCAGGAAUGCUUCGUUUAAUAGCUGGGUGGAGAAUUUGUGUGAGAGAAGCACUGAACGCUCUAUCCGAAUCGAAGAACAACGAUAUCCUUUGGGCCAGAGAUCAAAUUUGUAACGAAGGAAGAAUUAGUUUGACCCAAAAGAGCGAGUCCGUGGAUUGUAUCAUGAUGAUGCUGACAGUGUUGGUCGACGUUAUCGAAGAGAAGUUGAGAAGUCUUGACGAUCAAAAGAAGGUUGAAGAGCUCACUGAAAAUCAGAAACCUUGGAUUCUAUCCGUUUUGGAAUUUGUUGCGACACGAUUGCCGAAGGAAAUCAAAGAAAAAAGAGAGCCGAAAGUAAAUCCGAUAUAUCAAGUGAUAACUCAUUCGAACAAAUCGUCUUUGUUUACGGCUAUCUUCUGUACUCGCCUUCUCUAUCAUAACACAACAAUCUCCGAUUUCUAUCGCGAUGAAGCGAAAUUGAGAUUGCCUGAAGAUAAAAUGUUCAAAUAUUUGUUACAUAACUCUUCCGAAAAGCUCGAAGAGGGCGAUGUUCCGGAUCGGAAUAUGUUAUGGAUCACUGCUGAAGCCUAUGGUGUCGACAUACUGGCAGCGAGAGCUUUCGAAGUUGAACAUCAAGCUAUGGUUGAUAAGAAAACGGAAAAGUACGUAGAACCGUCACUGGAAAGCAGCGCGGAUAUUGAUUUGUUUUUCAAGUCAUUGCUAGUUUCUUCGAUGAGUCAAUCUAUCAAGCUUCAAAACAAGAAUCGAAAAGCUUUGGAGAACUUCUGGAUUAAUGGAACUGAGGAUGUAAAAAUAAAGAUUUACAAGGGCCUCUCGAAUUUUGCUCUGAGUAAUCCGGCUGGACGAAAGAAAACUACUGUUCCUGUGGAAAAGCUAGCGGAUUCAAGUGUUCUGAAAGGAAUCGUAAAACAAUUCGACAUCAAACGCAAAGUAAAUCCAACUAUUCUCCGUCCACUCAUUAAAACGCUCGUGAACCAUAAAAGAACUGAUGGUCGAUUCCUUCCACCGAUUGAUUGGAUGAAACUUCUAGAGAAAGCUGAGUGGAAGAAGGCAACUGAUGACAUUCGUCUGGCACUCGUCACUUUGGCAUGUGAACAAAAAAUUCCGGAUAUUCUUUUCCAUUUCGUUGGUGAAUUCACUCCUCAAGAACUAUACGUAAUUGCUGAUAACUUUCGUACAGUUAUGCAAUUGGUACCGAGAAAGGAGAUGCUGAUUAUUCUCCGCCAAAUGACACGUCAGGCAAGAAAAAUCGAUGAAGAUGAAGAAAACAUUUCGAAAAUUGUCAAUAUCAUCGUGGAUAAUGAAAAGGAUCCAAUCGUCCAUUUUUUUUUGAAGGAAGAUCUUCCAACAUUGGAAAGCACAAUCGAUGCCGCGGAUCCUGUUCUUAACGCCCUGAAGGAGCCUAAUGCAUUCGUGGGACUGAUUUCGACUAAUUAUGAUGUUUGGAUUGAAGCUCAUAACGGAGAAAAUAUGAAUAUGAAGAGAAUUUGUGACGUCAUAAACAAGGAACAUAGUUCACUCCGGCAAUAUCAAAUGUUUUCUCUGCUAUCUCUGGAAACCAGAAAGCUUUCACUAUCAAAACGAAUUGACAAGAUUCUUGAUAUGAUCACUGCAAGUCGGAUUUCGAGAAAUGAAUCAGCCGAAUUAGGAAAUUACUUUCCAAUCUACCUUGCUCUGAUUGUUUCCGUCAAUGCUGAAGUUGAUAUUCCAGUUUGUUUUUUCAAAAACGAAGCUGAAUUUGUCCCGAUGGCAUGUGCCGCCAGAAAGCCGUUUUUCCGAGCUCUGCUAAAAUGCAAGGAAAUGAGGCCCGUUGCUAAACACAUUGGAGAGUUCCUCCGCAUGUAUGUUGACGGAGAUGAAUCUGAGUUCUACGAAAGUUGGCAAAAGACAGCAGCUGCUGAUAUGCUCCGUGAUCUCCUUGCUAAUUUUGGCGCCGAUGCACUUCCUAAAAUGUUCCACGAAGAUGACUUCUUCUGGCAAUCAAUUCUUCCCGUUGAGAUGUCGGUCGAACAACACAUUCCGAAUGAUCAAUUUCUGCAAAAAUUGACCGCGUUUUAUCGGGAUUCAAAGAUUCGUGGACCACGUAGCGUUUAUGUUACAAUGAAACCAUACGAUGGACGCACGAAAGCGACGCCAAAAGCAAACACAUUCAAGGAGGGCGACGAAGUGUCUUGUAUUUUCAGAGCAAAGUGGGGAAGCAAGAAGAUCGCCACGGAGGUGAAAGCGAAGGAAGUCAACAAGUUCCACACACAAUACUCAGCGAUAAUCAUCGCUCAAAUGGUCAAUCUCGAAAAACGAAAAAAGACGGAAGACGAGAAAAAAAAGACGGGAGCCACAAAAGCAUAA